AUGGCUACUACUGAGUCUCAUCCUGGAGUCCAUCGAGUCUCCAUCCAGCGUUCCCGGUCUGCCCGGCUAUCUGAUCAAGCUGCGACAGCUGCACUCUACGUGACACACCCCGAGCGUAGACUGUCCGUUCGAGAACCCGCUACCUUUGAAUCGCAACUAUUCAGAGAUCCGAAAGCGACGGGCUCGCUCAACCUCAGCCAUGCAUCAGCGAGCGCUGCUCUUGCCCAUGCGAGGAGUCAUCACAAAAAUUUAACACCUGACAGGCCCGGCGCAGUAGGAUAUCAGACUCAGGACACACGGACUGCUGGGGCGCCCGGGGCUCGACCGAGCCCGGAAGGGUACAAAGCCGCCAUUACCGCAGUUAGAGACCGGAGAGCCAUCACGAGCCUUCCUCCGGUGACCACUGGUUUUAAAUAUGACAUCUCGACGACAUCCGACCAAGUCUAUGAUAACCAGCGGGAGAGCUUGGACAGGGACAAGGCACUUCGUGCUGCUACCGGCGCGUACCGAAUCAGCAGGAAGAGGGCCGACUCCGCACCCAGCAAACCUAUAAUGGCUCGUGAAGCGCCUUAUGCUGCUUCAGCGGCUAGCAGUGUGAAGCCUGCGCCAGAAGUGGAAGACCCACUUGCACAUAUUGACAGCUCAGCGGAAGCCAGCAGGAUUCAUCACAUGGCUAAUGCCAACGCGCAACUUUACACUGAGCACCCUCCUGUUGGUCUCGAGGAGCAAGACCGAAAGAACGUGCUUCGAGCUGCUGCUAUCUCGAUGGCGCGCGAUAUGUACGACAGUACGGAGAAAAGAGAGGAAGCACUGACUGGAGAGCCCAGCGCAGCCCUCUACGGUGCUCAGCGAGGCCUCAGCCGCAUGCGCUCCCAGCAAACCGUUCCCAAGUCUGAUCCAGCGGCCCUUAAGCAGGCUAUUAAAGUACAGGAAGCGGCUCAACAGCGGGCUGCGGAGAAACUGGCUAAACUCAAUGAGCCAACUUAUCAGGAAUACUAUGGGGUUGAACCUCAUGUUCCGCGGCCCACCCUGUCUAUCCGUCGCAGGAGAGCGUCCUUCGACUCGGACACAUCAGCUGCUGAUGCCGAGCGAUCAAGGGAGAUCAGGCACCAGAUGACUAGCCUUCGAUCGCGGCUCGAUGCUGUGGAUGAACAAAGAACGAAAGACCGUGCCAGCUUGAUGGAGGCCGCAAGGCGAAAUGUCAAUGCGACCAUCCAAGAUAUGGAGAUGCGUGUCUACCACGAAACAGGCCGGCCUCCGCCAUCGAUGCAGAAAGAAUGGGAGGAGACCGCACUUGAGCGCGCCCAACGUGAGGUUCAGGAACAAGAGCCUGACCGACCAUACGACAGAGUCAAUAUUGGCGCUGAGAGAUACAUGGAUAUGGCCGACGUAGAGGCGGUCGCCCGUUCGAGGCUUCAGCCAACCUUCGAUGAGAUUACGGAUCGUGCCGAGAAGGAGAGGGCCAGGGAAUUGGAGGCUCGUCUGGAUGCCGAAGAACAGAAGCGAUAUGAGGCCAUUGCGCGUGAGCGGGAGCUUGAUACGAUGGCUGAGGAGAAACGCCAGCGAGAGAUUCAAAAGCAGCAGAUGAAGGAGAAAGCUACAGGAGAAAAGACAUGGCUCUGGAGAAGGAAGUCGAAGCGAACACGAGACACUGAACAAAGGCCUUCGGCUGAGGAAGAGAUUGAUCAUCACGCGGCCGGUGGAGUGGCACCUGUGCCUCAGCCUGAAGCUGCACCUCAGCCCACCACUCCUCCAGUUGAGGCUGCAUCUCAGGUGGAAGCUGCCCCUGAGGCUGAAGCUCCUAAGGCCGAAGCUCCCCAGGCCGAAGCUGCCCCUGAGGCUGAAGCUCCUAAGGCCGAGGCCCCCCAGGCCGAAGCUCCCCAGGUCGAAGCUCCUCAGGUUGAAGCUCCCCAGGCUGAAGCUCCCCAGGCCGAAGCCCCUCAGGCCGAAGUCCCCCAGGCCGAAGCUCCUCAGGUUGAAGCUCCCCAGGCCGAAGCUCCCCAAGCUGAACCUGCUACUACUGAAGCUACUACCGAAGCCGAGGCACAUCCCGAAGCGCCACCGGGCAUUAUCGACACUACCCAACCCCAGCCUGCUGAGGAUGAGGAGAAGAUCGUCGCGCCAGGGGCCGCCGGAGAGGAAGGACUUCCGCUUGAGCGACGGGGAUCUAGACUCAAAACUUGGUUCAAAGGCCGGGUGGGUCGCCGGUCUAAUGGCGUGGAACGUGAGUCUCCACGAGAGACAGAAGUCGAUGGAGCAAGAAACCCAAGCACAGGGUUCGCUGGAGGUGCGGCGCUGGCGGGGACGGAUUCACGCGGUGCGGCACUCCGAUCUCAUCCUGUCACAGGCAAUGAUCUUGCCACGAUGCAGCAGAGAAUGUCUGUUGACGAAGGCAGUUUAGGAAACGAGGCUACGCGGCAUGGGUCAAGCGGCAUAGCUGAGCAGCAUGGUGAGAACAGGAAGCCAUCACGCCUGAGAUCCAGCUUCAUGAAGAUUGUGUCUGGCGGUUCGCAGGAUAACAAGACGAACGGUGUAUCGAAGCCAAGUGAUGAUCGACGAACUGCUUCAGAAUCUGCAGAAGAGAGUGGCGUUCGUAACCCUGAAGGCUCCAACGCAUCCACCGCCACAAAAGAAGAACUGCGAGAGAGCGCCGCUGAUCACGGACUACCUGUGCCUCCAGCCAUUGGCAAGCAUGCCACCAACGGUAGUCGUGAAUCGCGAUUCUCCGAGGACUUGUGA